AUGGCAGCAAAGCUGACACAAAGUAUCAAGGAUCAGGUCACGUGCCCCAUCUGUCUGGAGCAGUUCAAGGAUCCUCGUAGUCUUCCCUGUUUACACACUUAUUGUAAAGAAUGUCUGGAAGAGAUUUUGAAGAAAGGGACUAGAAAGCACUCCAUCGAAUGCCCAGAAUGUCGAGAAAAAGCACAGAUUGAAGAUGUUGGGUCCCUUAAAGUUAACAUUUGGGUAAAUAAAUCACUUUCCCUUCUUGACUUAUCCAMCAUCGAACCAGAAGUAAACGCGGAUGAAAAGAUAUCGUACUGUAAGAAACACAAAGAUGAACGACUAAAGCUGUUCUGUAGAGGGUGUGAGCAGCUUAUUUGUCGAGAUUGUACAAUCAUUGAUCACAAAGGGCACAAAUACUGCUUUGCGGCAGACGUCAUAGACGAGCACAAAGAAAAACUCAAAAAAGAAGUCGCCAAAGCCAACUCGAUUAAAAACGAAGUUGAGUCUCGUUUAAAGACACUUCAAGAAUUUCAUGAGAAGGCGGAAACUAGUCAAACCGUCACAGAAAAGGCCAUUGACGCUGCUAUCGAUAAACAAAAACAGAUGCACAUUAAAGCUUUUGAAGAAAAGCGUGCAAGUCUAAAAGAUGACCUCAGAUUUAUAGCAAUUCUCAAAAAAGAGAACAUUGCUGUCCAGCAAAGUAGUCUUCAGAAGCACCUGAUGGGAUUAACAAGUUCUAUUGAGCUGACAGAAAACCUUCUCACUAAUGGAAGCAUGACUGAUGUGCUGGCUGUAUCGAAGGAUGUUAGAUUGGGCUUAUCAAAACAGUCUUCAGAACCAGAGAUUUUAAAAAUCAAGGAAGAGGAACUCAGACCAGUUUACAUGCCUGAGCUACAUGUCACCAAACAACUGAUGAAAAAUGGCAUUAAUGAAUUUGCUGCAGUAUCGGAUCCUGACCCUGACAAGUGCGUGGUGAUGUGGUCUGUAGAGAUUACCCAUGACUCCCUUGAAGUUUACAUCAAAGACCAUCAAGGGCUUUUAAUAAAUAUCAUGAAAGAGCGAAUCACCAUACAUAUGGUAGAAAACGACAAUCGCUGUCUUCUUUUGGAAGGUUUUCUAAAUGAACGUGCCUUUGAGGACGGGUUAUGGACUUUGAUCCACGGGAGAAUGCACCGAACAAAACCUGAUAGAUGCACCUCAACUAAAAACCAUGAUUUACAGAACAAAAUGUAUGAGGUGAAUUUCAAGGUAGAUGGGCAAAACAUCAAGGGAAACCCCAUCAGAUUGUUCUUUUGAACUAGUUUGAAAGCACACUAUAAAGUGCAACUUUAGCAUAAUGGCGGCAAUUGUGUUUUUCCAAAAUAAAAUAGAUAUGAAUAUUUUGUCACUGUAAUA